CGACGACCACGGAUGAGUUUAGGAUAGUUUAGCGGAUUCGCAGUGACACGCUCCGAUGGGCACAUCGCAUUUUUCCGAGAUGAUGACGCAGUGCGUCUUCGUCGUUGUCGUAUCGCUGAUUUUGUCACACGUGCGGGCAGCUGGCGAUGAGAUGAUGCCUUCCGCCUACGAGUCCAUAACAUUGCCUCCUGCUUGCGUCAUUCGUGCCACGCUCUAUAUGACAUCUUCUUCGAAAAGGAGCAAUCAGGACUUUGGUUUGCCUCUGGAUAUUGACUGCAGUGUAAACAAUACCCUGGAAUCGAAUCCCUUCGAUAUGGGCGCCCAAAGAGUGGCCGGAAAGAGGCAUGUCCUCCUCGAUGGCUCACAAACACCUCCCUUGGGUAUCUCAAGUUAUGGUUUGGAGUACCUGGACAAUUGUGUAGAUCUAGAAAGUGUUGAGAUCCAACGAUUUGUGGGCGAUGCCACCCUGAAAUUAAGCUGUGGAGGAGCUUUAAUACCAAAUCUCACCAAAGUAUCCUUAAAAAACAAUGAAUUGGGUACAUUAAGUGAAGAUACAUUCCAGGACUUGCCACAUCUGAAGCUUCUGCAACUGCAACAAAACUCCCUGAGGUACCUGGAAAAGCUUCAAGGAUCUGCCGAACUGGAGGAGCUCUUUAUCCAAGAUGAAAAUGAUCUGGUCCUAAAGGAUAAGGACUUCAUUCAGCAGCUGCCUGAGUUAAGAAAACUAAGUUUGAUAAAUAUCAAACAAAUAGAGGGCACAUUUUUAAAGAACUUACCAGAAAAUUUAACCGAUCUGACACUCGAAGAUACGCCCAUCCAGCCGGGAGACUUAUUUUUGAACAAAGGUAUAGCCAAACUUGUUAACGUUACCCUCACAAAUUGCCAGCUGCGAAACUUUGCUUUGAAUCCCCCACACAAUCUGGACAUUGUUUAUCUGAACCUAAGUGGCAAUGCUUUGGCGUCUUUAAAUAUAAGUUUUCAUGAUGGGCCAAGUACGCUUACCACAUUGGACUUGAGCCGAAAUAAGUUGGAUCACUUGAACUUCACAUGGUUUUAUAGGACCACCAGUCUGCGGACUCUCUACCUGCAGGAGAACCGCUUCCAUUCAUUGUCGCUCUUCCAACUGGGUAUGCUUUCUUCAGCUACAAUUCAGCAUAUUGAUUUGAGAUCAAAUGAUCUAAUGAGCCUUAGGGAUACAGAAAAAGCCAAUUAUCCGUACUGGAACCCACAGCUCCGGAUCUCAAUCGAUGGUAAUCCUUGGAGCUGCCAGUGGUUGCUGAACUUCUCGCACACUCAGCCCCAGCUAUUUCGACUUUUCCAGUACUCCAAAUAUAUAUCCCAUAUCAAUGUUAACGGACUGAGCUGUAAGCCUAAAGAACCGCCCACGGAAGAACCGCCCAAGGCGAGAAGAAUUAUGCAUGUGAGAAUCAAUGGUUCGGAUUCUUCGAUUCCAGUGCCGCAUCCGCCCGGAAACGUCUCCAGUUUUACAGUCCUUUAUGGAAAUCCUGUCGAACUGCAUCGAAGUCAGCGAUCUUUGGCUUUGAUAAUCGUGUUCAUGUUGCCUCUAGGGAUUGCAUUUCUUUUCCUGUUGCUCUAUCUAUACCUGCAUUGCGAGCGACUCUUCCAUUUGUCUUACUACGCGUCGGGAUUGCCUUGUUUUGGUGGCGAAAAAUCCUCCAGUGGACCUAGGUUUGUGGACCAUGUGGAUAUCGUGCGCUUUCCCAUUGCAAAUGGUAAUGGUUCUGCUGUGGAUUUGGAAACGGAGCUGCCAGACGGUUACGAGACUCCAGUGAGUGGAGGUACCUCGAUUUGCAAUUGCACGGGUCACAGGGAGUCCACCUGCUCAAGGACUCAUCAUGUCACCUACGAAUCUCUACCCACCGAACUGCCAUAUCAACUGUACGCAGAGAUCAAAGAGCAGGCGGAUGAGAAUGGAGACACGGAUGAUAUGUUGGCAGUCACUCCAGCUCCUACGGCUCCCAUCUACGAUCAUCUGUCCUUUGUGGAGGAGGUGCCAAAACUGGACGAACUGAGAGACAUUUCUUAAAUAUCCUUCACACCGCAUUCAUAAACUUAUACUCAUCAAAACGAAAUUACUAUAAAAUAGUCAAUACACUCGUUACGCUUAGAGUAUAUAUGUUUCUUGAUCAGGUUCACUAACCGAGAUCUUAGGAACUGUAAAAAUAUAGUGUUUAUUUCAUUUUAAAUUCGCACGUUAAUUUAUAGUAAGUGUCAUAAGGGCAUUAAAAAUGUUACAAGAAUGCUCUAUCACACUUCCUGCAAAGUUGGUUGCCAAUCACAUCUAAGAAUUUCUGUGACGUUAUUACUAAGUAUGUUUUGUUGGUAUUGUGAUAAGCUUUUUUAAAAUAACUUUAGCGCUACCGAAAUUCUCUAAAUUAAAAACGAAUAAUUUUUAUUAUUUA